AUGGAUCCGUGCUUCAAAAGUGAAGUCUUAGACGUGGGCAGGCGCGGACGAGAGCAGGCUGAAGAGCAGAAGGUCGUACUCUUUCCUGCCACUAUGCUCUCUCGCCAAUGCCUCACCACUAGUCCAAAAACUCCACAAGUUGGAAUUUCCAAAGAAGAGAAUCAUGAUCAACAAUAUCAAAACGAGACCGAUUGUAUCAUCGCGGAGGCCCAACGGGACGCGAUUAAGCUGUUCUUACAGCACAUGUUGUCACCACUGCUCAAUCACGUACCUGCGCAUCUCAAGAACGUUGAUCACUUUCUGAAUAAGCUGCGGGAAACACCAAUUCAAACGACACGAGGAUUAGCAAUGGGCAGUCGUGUCGCCACGCUUCUGGCGAUAGUAUUCAUGGAUCGCUUGGAAAGACGUAUCCUAUCAUCGGGAUUGCUGUUCUACGGUCGUUACAUAGACGAUAUAUUCGUGUUGCCAAGUCCAAACAGCACUACGUCGAACCUUCACGAGGCUGAAUUCAGCGCAUCGAAUAUAACACUGACUAUGAGGAUCCUGAACAGGCAGGUUUCCUUCCGUUCUUGA